AUAUAGACAAAACAAAAAAACAAAGAAAAUAGGAACCAAAACAACAGCCAAACACCAGUACUCUGAUGGAGAGCGCACCCCCCAUUCUCAGCAGACCACCGCCUCCCUUUCCCGCACCGCCACGCAGCGUCGACUUGUCCCCUCUUGAGUUCGUUCUCGCUCUUAUCGCCGUGGUCACCAUCCCCGCCUUGGCCUACACCUUCUUUUUCGCCGUGAAGUGCCCUCCCAACCCUUUCCGCCGGCGACGCCUCCACCGAAGCUCCUCCGGCGAGACUACUGAUCAUGGGAAUAUCAGUAAGAGAGAGGAGGUUUCGGACGGGAAGUAUGAGAAGGAAACCCAUGUCAAAGAUGUUAUUGGCAGCGAGUGUCCGGUGUGCCUGUCGGUGUUUGCGGAGGGGGAAGAAGUGAAACAGCUGAGUGUUUGCAAGCACUCUUUCCAUGCUUCUUGUAUUGAUACAUGGCUCAACUCCCAUUCUAACUGCCCGGUUUGCCGUGCUUCUAUCCCCGUCAAGCUGCCGAAUGGCACCGCGCCGGCCAGAAAUGAAGACAACCAGCAAGGUUUGCCGGAUGCCGCUAGUUUGGUUUGACGGUAUCUUAGCUAGAUUCUUCAUCUUCUUUUUUUUUUUUUUCUUUAUUUCAUGAAAGAGGGUGUUUUGUUGAGAGAGAGAGAGAGAGUGAGGUGAGUUUUAAUUAGCUGCUUGUUUAUUCAACACUUCACCGACAAGUUUCGGAAAUAGAGGACAGGCUUCACCCAGAAGAUGGGGGGAAUUCAAGGCAUCGAUUAGGUGAAUAGGGUCACUGAUUGAUUUCUAA